AAAUUUGUUGGUUAUGUAGUCUAUAACAUGGCAAAAAACCUAAACAAAAAAAGGGAAAACUAUCUAAACUGGGAUGAAUAUUUUAUGGCGACGGCUUUUUUGGCUGCGAAAAGAAGCAAGGAUCCGUGUUCUCAAGUUGGGGCUUGCAUAGUGAACAAUGAAAAUGUUAUUGUUGGGAUAGGAUACAAUGGAAUGCCAAAAGGGUGUCAUGAUGAUGAUUUUCCAUGGGAAAAAGAGAAUGAGAAUCCGUUGGAUAACAAAUAUUACUAUGUAUGUCAUGCUGAAUUGAAUGCGAUUUUAAACAAAAACUGUGCAGAUGUUAAAGGUUGUCGAAUAUAUGUUGGAUUGUUUCCCUGCAAUGAAUGCGGUAAAGUUAUUAUACAAUCGGGCAUAAAAGAGGUGAUUUACAUGUCUGAUAAGCACUCACAUAAACCUCACACAAUUGCAUCCAAAUUAAUGAUGGAUUCUGCAGGGGUAAAAUACAGGCAGUUUAUUCCAAAACAAAAAAAAAUAGUUAUUGAUUUUACAGAAAUAAAUUGGAAUAGUAUGAGUCAGGUGCCUCCAUCUCCAGGAAGAAAUGAGACUAGCAAAUUGGCUGACGAACUUCAAGGGAAGUGUGAUCUGAAUCUAUAGUAGGUACUGUAAUUUUAUUUAUUUGAUGGAAAAUACAACACAAUUUUUUAAAA